CUUUUAUUCACCAGCAAAACAGCAGCACAGUAGAAGAACACACAAGCUUUAAAAAGAUGGACACAGAGGCUCUGCCUGACGUGUUGCGGAUUAUACUUGUUGGAAAAACUCACGCUGGGAAGAGUUCAACAGGAAACACCAUCUGUGGAGAAGAGGUCUUUAAAAUUAAAACCACAGAAAUGGACACAUCCAAAUGGAUUCGUAUGGAAAGGACAAACUUUUGUGGUCAACCCCUGUCCAUAGUGGACACUCCAGGUUUGUUUGAGCCAAGUAAAUCCAAUGAUGAGGUGAAGAGAGCAAUUGCUGAUGGUGUAGCAUUAUCUGCUCCUGGCCCUCACGUGAUACUGGUGAUAAUUAGACCAGGCAAAUUCACAAACGAAGAGCAGGAAGCUGUGCGUAUGCUUCAGAUGAUAUUUGGGGAAAACGCUGCACAUUACACCAUGGCCCUGUUCACCUGUGGAGACGAUCUGGAGGCAGAUGGAGUUCUCAUAGAAGAUGUUAUUCAUCAAAGCUCACAUCUCCGUACCUUCAUCAAUCAGUGUGGUGGAGGAUACCAUGUCUUCAACAACAGAGCUAAGGAUCCCUCUCAGGUCAGAGAGCUGCUGGAGAAGAUCAACACAAUGGUGCUGAGGAACGGAGGGUCCUACUACACCCAGGACGUGCCACAACAAAGUCUCGAACCUGAGUGCCAGGAUGAGUUUGCUGCUGCAUUCGCUAUUGGGCGUGCUAUUGGAGGUGUUGGAGCUGCUGCCGCGGUUGCUGCUGGAGGCGUUGUUGGAACUCUGGCUGUUGUGAAUACUAGUGGAGCUGUUGUUGCCGCAGUUGUUGUCGGGGUUACUGUUGGGUUCACCAUCUCUGUAGGCGGUGCUGCGGCCGUCGUAGCUUUCGCCGCUGUGGGAGCAGCUGCUGGCGGCGCUAUAGCCGCAGUCGCUGCGGGAGCUGUAGCAGUCGCUGCUUCCAUGUUUGCAGACGGAGGACAGUUUUUCGGAGCUGUUCCCGUAGCCGUUGGAGCUGCUGCUGGGACUGCUUCUGGUGUCGCUGCUGGCGUUGCUUCUGUUGGAGCCGUUGUUGUGAAAGCUGCCGGGGCUGCUGGCGUGUGUGGUGCCAUUGUGGCUGCUGGAGCCACUGCUGUUGUUGCUGCUGUUGAAGGUGAGAUUGUCGGCGUUGUUGGAGUCGCUGCUGCUGUAGCUGCGGUUCAAACGGCUGCCGGAGCUGUUAAAGAUGCUGCUGCUGCAGCGUCUGCUGUGCUGUUAGAGUUGCCCCUGAUGUACCUGCAGUUGCUCCCGGAGUUGCGGCUGGGGCUGCAGGAGCUGUUUGCGGAGCUCUUAUUGCUGUUGGAAAUGUUCUCAAAGCAGUUGGUGCAUUUGGAACUAUAG